AUGCUUGCGCCAGUCCCCCGGGCCUGCAGUUCCACCUGCAGCCUCCAAGCCCUUCGAGCCGCGCCCAGGACCACCUCAUUAUGUACAGGCAUUCUCUAUAACAGAACUAGACCCUCCUUGGUGACUGCGCCUACAUCCGCAUCAUACCCUUCGAGCCUAUCCCUACACAUUCAGCGCAAAUCCUUCCACUCAACGGCCCGAACCAACUCGUCCCAACAAUCCCGCAUCUCCUAUCGGGUUGCCGUCUCUUCAUCCGGCAAAGGAAAGCGCUUCCACCCACUCAAAAACGCAUAUAAUUUCGACCCCGCCGCAGACGUCCUCGGCGUCUCAAAGGACAAAAACCCCGUCGCCCGCAGACGCAGCCGCCCAGACAGCGGCGAAGACGCCUUCUUCGUAAGCCGCAUCGGCCACGCAUCCGGCCCCCCAACAUCCCGAGACAAGCCCCAUCCCGACGCAGCCGCAGCCGCAGAUGCAAAUUCAGAAGCCGUCGCCUUCGCCGUCGCAGACGGCGUAGGCGGCUGGACAGAAUCCCGCGUCGACCCGGCUGACUUCUCCCACGGCCUAUGCGCCUACAUGGCCCAGUCAGCCCUAUCCUGGACCCAACCGGCCAACGAACUCCGCCCCGAAAACCUCCUCCAAGCAGGCUACGACGCGAUCGUCGCCGACCCAGCCGUAAAAGCAGGCGGCAGCACGGCGUCCGUCGGCAUCGCGCUGCCGGACGGCCGCGUCGAGCUGGCUAAUCUCGGCGACUCGGGUUCGGUGCUUCUCCGGCGGGCGGCGGUGCAUACGUACUCUACGCCGCAAACGCAUGGCUUCAACACGCCCUACCAGCUGAGCAUUAUCCCGCCGCGCAUGCGCGCGCAGGCGAAUAUAUUCGGCGGGGCGUUUUUGGAAGAUUUCCCGCGCGACGCGGCUGUUACAAAUGUGACUAUGCAGCAUGGUGAUGUGCUGAUGCUUGCUACGGAUGGGGUGUUUGAUAAUUUGAAUAAUCAGGAUAUCUUGAAGAUUGUUACGAGUCGGAUGGUUAUGACUGGUGCUUGGACUGCGGAGCCGGGCGAGGGUGUUGGGAUUUCGGACUCGCUGCGUGCGCUGACUGCGCCGGCGGGUGUGAAGGGGGGCAGGGAGGUGGAGCGCGCCGAGGAGACGCUUACGCUGCAGUCGUUGCUUGCUGCAUCGAUUUCGGGCGAGGCGAAGGUUGCUAGUGUUGAUUUUCGGAGGGAUGGGCCUUUUGCUAAGGAGGCGCAGCGCUAUUAUCCUGGUGAUUAUUAUCGUGGUGGGAAGGUUGAUGAUAUCACUACGUUGAUUCUCGUCGCGGUUGAUGAGGCUUUGGUUGAGAGCGGCUGA